AUGAACUUCAAACAGCAAACUGAUUACAAAGACCGUGGUCUAUUAUCAAACCCUACUUGCCGCCCUAGUGAGGGAAAGGGAAUUACUGAUGACUGGACAUGCAUCGAAGCCAGGAAAGAGCGGAAGAAAGUCCAAAAUCGACUAAACCAAAGAGCUCAUAGACGACGAAUUAGCGAGAAAACAACCCAAAAUUCGACAAUUGGACGACACCCGUAUCGAGUGGAUCGUUGGCGAAUCAGAGAUUUCAACGUCUCCCAGCUUGAAGAUACCGCUUGGAACUCAACAAAUGAAUUAGAUACCCGGACCUCAUCGUAUAGCAAUCUGAGAAGCGCGAUCCAGCCCUCACCUGGGUCUGGAAAUAGCCACCAACGAUCAGACUUAGUCGCCACAUCGGUCAAGUCUGACGGAUCACAUAGGACCCAGUUUCCUCUUCCUUCUGAUCAUUUGCUUCACCUAAUACAUUACAAUGUGUUCCGAGCACUAGUUUCCAAUAAGAAAGUUCUAAAACUUUUCGCAAAAACUAUCGCCCAAAGUAAUGAUAUUGACAAUCCGCACCGUGGCAGACGACUUUGCGAUGGUCCCACAAUCAUCCACCCGUUCCAUACGGGCCUUCCAAGCUCACUCUUUCCAACACCUUUACAAAUGAUCCAUCCCCACUCUAACUGGAUAGACAUGUUCCCUUUUCCACAAAUCCGGGACAAUUUGAUUAAAUGGGAGGGGUAUUUUGACGUUUUGGACUUCCUAAGGGAUAUUUUUGGAGAUAUUGUCAAUAAUAACCUAUCUAUCACAUCGGAUACAUGUGAAUCCUCUUCAACAUCUACCCAAAUGCUACUUCAAGGUGAAGAUGACGACAUGAUCACUGCUGGUCGAAAGGGUUUAAUUGUAUGGGGAGAGGCGCACCAGAAAGAGAACUGGGAGGCUACUCCGGGAUUCCUUAAAAAGUGGAAUUGGGUUUUAGAAGGCUGUGAGGAAUUGAUCGAAAUGAGUAAUCGCUGGAGGGAAAUAAGAGGAGAAGAGCCUAUCAAAGUCAUAGUUGGCUCAGUACGUACACCGAUUUCAGGUAACUGA